AAAAAGCUCUUGUUACCGGAAAUAACUGCUCAUUUUUCCACUCCUCCCUCCUAGGUCACACUUUUGAGAAAAAGAAUCUGCAUUCUGGGAACCAGAAGAAAAAUAUGAGACGGGAAGCAUCGUGUGAUGUGUGUGCUGCCUUUGGCUGAGCGUGUGGAGUCCUGCUCAGUGUUGGGCACAGUGUGUUUGAUCGUGGUGGCUUGAGGGGAACCUGGUGUUCAGAGCUGUGACUGUGGCUGCACUCAGAGAAGCUGCCCUUGGCUGCUGGUAGCGCCGGGCCUUCUCUCCUCGUCAUCAUCCAGAGCAGCCUGUGUCUGGGAGGCAGACGAUGACCCGCUCCAGUCUGCAUCCAUCCAUCCCGUGUCCCAGGGGUCACGGGGCCCAGAAGGCAGCCUUGGUUCUGCUGACUGCCUGCCUGGGGACCCUUUGGGGGCUAGGAGAGUCACCAGAGCACAUUCUCCGGUGCCUGGUGCUCCACCUAGCCUCCCUGCAGCUGGGACAGCUGUUAAAUGGGGUCUGCAGCCUGGCUGAGGAGCUGCGCCACAUCCACUCCAGGUACCGGGACAGCUACUGGAGGACUGUGCGGGCCUGCCUGGGCUGCCCAUUCCACCGUGGGACCCUGUUGCUGCUGUCCGGCUAUUUCUACUAUUCCCUUCCAAAUGCGGUCGGCCUGCCCUUCACUUGGAUGCUUGCCCUCCUGGGCCUUUCGCAGGCACUGAACAUCCUCUUGGGCCUCAAGGGCCUGACCCCAGCUGAGAUCUCUGCAGUCUGUGAAAAAGGGAAUUUCAACGUGGCCCAUGGGCUGGCAUGGUCAUAUUACAUUGGAUAUCUGCGGCUGAUCCUGCCAGGACUCCAGGCCCGGAUUCAAACUUACAAUCAGCAUUACAACAACCUGCUACGGGGUGCAGUGAGCCAGCGGCUGUAUAUCCUCCUCCCGUUGGACUGUGGGGUGCCUGAUAACCUGAGUAUGGCUGAUCCCAACAUUCGCUUCCUGGAUAAACUGCCCCAGCAGACCGCUGACCGUGCUGGCAUCAAAGAUAGGGUUUACAGCAACAGCAUCUAUGAGCUUCUGGAGAACGGGCAGCGGGCAGGCACCUGUGUCCUGGAGUACGCCACCCCCUUGCAGACUUUGUUUGCCAUGUCACAAUAUGGUCAAGCUGGAUUUAGCCGGGAGGAUCGGCUUGAGCAGGUCAAACUCUUCUGCCGGACACUGGAGGACAUCCUGGCAGAUAACCCUGAGUCUCAGAACAACUGCCGCCUCAUUGUCUACUCGGAACCUGCAGAUGACAGCAGCUUCUCGCUGUCCCAAGAGGUUCUCCGGCACCUGCGGCAGGAGGAAAAGGAAGAGGUUACUGUGGGCAGCUUGAAGAACUCAGCGGUGCCCAGUACCUCCACAAUGUCCCAAGAGCCUGAGCUCCUCAUCAGCGGAAUGGAAAAGCCCCUCCCUCUCCGCACGGAUUUCUCCUGAGACCCAGGGUCACCCUACCAGAGCCUCCAGUGGUCUCCAAGCCUCUGGACUGGGGGCUUUCUUCAGUGGCUGCAUGUCCAGCAGAGCUAUUUCCUUCCACAGGGGGCCUUGCAGGGAAGGCCCUGCAAGGGCCUUGACAUCUUAAGAUGAGUCCUGUCCCCUUGGGCCAGUCGUUUCCCCUCUCUGAGCCUCGGUGUCUUCAACCUGUGAAAUGGGAUCAUAAUCACUGCCUUACCUCCCUCACGGUUGUUGUGAGGACUGAGUGUGUGGAAGUUUUUUGUAAACUCUGGAUGCUAGGUACUUAGGGAAUGUGCCAGGUGUCUUUCGUGGGGCCUUCCAGACCCACUCCCCAGCCUUCUGCCCUUCCUCUGCCUGGGGACGCCGAACUCUCUCGAUGGUAUCGACAGGCUCCCUUGCCCUUUGGCUCCUGGUCAUGUUCCAUUAUUGGGGAGCCCCAGCAGGAGAAUGGAGGAGAGGAGGAGACUGAGUUUGGGGUAAUGAAUCCCCUGGCUCCUGCCCUGCAGCAUCAAGGUUGCUAUGGACUCUCCUGCUGGGCAACUCUUGAGUAAUCAUGACUAUCUCUAGGAUUCUGGCAUCACUUCCUUCCCUGGCCCCUUAAGCCUAGCUGUGUAUCCACCCCACUCCGCCCCUGCCACCCCACUAGAGUACUCCCUCUCACUUGCGGUUUCCUUAUACUCCACCCUUUUCCCUUUUUAAAGCACACCUCAGAUUACCCAA